AUGUUCGAUAAAGGACGACACGAGAUGAUGUGCCAAUCAGAAGUGGAAUGCACUUCAUGGAUCAGACUUUUCAGAGCCUUCGAUCUGGAUCACGAUGGCUUCAUCCCAACGACAGAUUUGAAGCGAGCUAUACGCGACUCCGCGUUCUCAUUUGGCUUGAAUCCCGAAGAGGUCGUCACAAUGCUAGCGACCAUUGAUGAGAAUGGUGACAAACUCAUUGAUUUCCCGGAAUUCUGCACUUUGGUAAGUGUCUUUUGCACGGAAUUCUUCUGCACCAGAGAACCUGUCUGA